CAAACCCCCGAUCCCAUCAGCUGCUUCCCAGUGCACUAAAAAAACAGCUGCUUCCCAGUCGCAGCGCCGCCACCCAAGGCCGCCCUAGAUCCGCCGGCCAUCAGCGCGCCCCUCUUGUUCGCAAGGAGAUGGCUUCGUCGGUGCUCAGAUCCGCCGGCCGUGUGGUCCGGCGAUCCAUCCCCCAAGGGUCCUGCUGCCGGUCGCCCAUCUCCGGUUCCGCCGGGAACACCCAGCUCAACAAGUACUCCACCUCAUCCUCGGGUCAGCAGGUGAGUAAGGUGAAUGAGGCGAACUAUGAGGACCUUAUUGAGGAGAAGAGCAAAGAGCUGACUCGUGUCGUAGGUGAACUGAAGAAGGAAUUUAAAGAACUCGAGUUGGUGUUGGAAAAAAAUGAUGCCCGUGCCAGGAGCUAUGCAGAGGCCAUUCAAGAUGUUAGCUGGUGCAACAGUUGGUUUUCUCCUUGGCUUUCAUACUCACAAGUACAUUAGUGACUGAGUCGCGUGAGGGGGAGAGAGAGAGAGAUCUGUCAGGAACUUGAGUAAGCAUCCGGCAACGUUUAUCACUUCGGGUAGGGGAGUGAAAGGCAGCAAGUUACUAUCGUUUAACUCACACUUGAAUCCAGAAGCACCAUAAAAAUUGCUUGGGCAUGAUCAUACAUGCAAGAUUGAACUAGGUACUCA